AUGGGUGAAAAUCCGGAGAGAAUGCAUUCGCACGUCAUGAGAACAAUGUUUAGACACGCCAAAUGUUUUAAGGUUCUCGGCCCGGUCUUUUAUCAAUUGAAAUCUUCUAUGAUGCCAUAUUGGAGACAGCCCAAAGACCUUAAAUACCUGUGCAGAAAAGAAAUAAGAAAAAUAUUAGGUCCUCAUGAUGUUGAGUAA